AUGCACUCACGUCGACCCGAGACCUUGAAGAUUGACAUCUCCAAGUAUAGGGGAGUCGAAGAGGACUCCUUCUUGAGAUGGUUUGUCGAAUUGGAUGACGCCAUAAGGGCGCGUCGCAUCGACGAUGGGGAUAUGCAUGUUGCAUUUGCCCAGUCAAAUCUGGCAGGACGUGCCAAGACUUGGGCACUGGGGCUAAAGUUGCACGACCCAUAUGCGUUUGGGUCGUUAGAAGUCUUCAAGUCGCGGCUCAGACAAACGUUUGAACCGCCUAGAGCUGAGUUCAGGGCUCGAACCGAACUCUUGAAGCUCAAGCAGGGUAAGCGUGAUGUGCACGCUUACGCACAACAUAUACGACAUCUCACGAGUUGUAUAAGUUCCAACCCGGUGGAUGAACACACGUUGGUUUCGGUGUUCAUGCAGGGUCUUGCGGAUGGUCCCGUCAAGACUCACCUGUUCCGGCUUGAACUAGAUUCACUAGAACAAGCCAUUUCCAUUGCGGAGCAGGAAGAAUUCAGUCUGAGACAGGCUCGCGCCAGCUCGACAUCAUAUCGUCAACCGAGACGAUAUGACAGCGGAGGUCCAGAGCCGAUGGAACUCUGUUAUGUAGAGAGCGAGAAGGCUCGCUCUACAGACUACAAGAAGUUGCAGAAAUGCAACAGAUGUCAGAAGACAGGACACUACGCUUACGAGUGUAUUGCCCCUCGUCCAGUGUCUCGCGACACUGGGCGUAGUGACCGUUCACCCAUGAGAAAGGGGCAGGGACGAGGAUCCGCUGUUGGUGCAAAGACGCAACAACGGGAUGGACCGUCAAAAAACGGACAGGAUCAGUAG